CGCAUGGAUUAUUACAAAUGUCCGACGCAAGAUUUGUAUUCAGAGACGCGACGCCGCAGCCUUCCUCCGCUCUCGAGAAACAGGGAACAGCUCAACGAGGAUUUGGUGCAAGAUGAUACCGAUCGGGGAUCAGAUGCGACGACAAUACGUACCGUGGACCGAAGUACUUUUUUACCACGAACAACCAGAUCGGCGCACGCAGGCGAGAUUGGAAACACGAUUGUGGCCAGUCAAUUAGUGAACGAGAAGAUUGUUUACUGGACCCUGAACACAUUCUUUCCCACGCUACAGGUCUUCUUCGAAUCGGGUCGCUCAUGUGUCAUAGACGGUGGAAGAUUGUCGGACGCAUUUGUAGGGCUAGAUCCCGCGCUUCGAUUCAAACUGACAGACUGCGCACACGAAGAGGAAGGUCGCGUCUCUAACUCCAUACUACCUGAACGAUUCUCAGAUUCAGGUAUCGGCCUCGUUAUACAGGAAGCGGUUGUCUCCCAGCGCACAAGUAUCGCAGUGAAAAACAGCCAGCAAUGGGCACCGCGAGAUCCACCUCAGUUCCGGAUCGUAACAGAAAUGCAUACAGUCAUUGGGUUGAGACUCAGGGGAAUGAACAAGAUGGCUUUCAUAUGGGCGAGAACAAAAGCACCUUCUGGAGGAAGAUUAUGGGGAGAUAUGAGGACAGCUGGGUUGCGAGACGACGUGCCGAUACCGUCCAUAUCUUUUCCCGGAAAUGAUACGAGGCCGGGGGCACAACGGAUCGUGGUCAUCCAGGACAGCCUAAUUGCACGUAAUCGCCCAGAUGUUAAGAAUAAGCCACCUACCAAGCUGUGA